AUGGUAUCACCACCUCCACCUGCAGAGUCAAAUUAUGUUGAAAUAAUUCAUUAUCCAUCAUUCUCAUCUGAUAAUAAAGGAGGAAAUAAAGAUAAUUAUUCUCAUUCUAUUUAUCCUUCACCUUAUGGAAAGAAAAAAAAUGAACAUUAUCAAAUGUCACAUAGUUAUUCAGGGUAUAUUCCAAAUAAUCCAAUUAUUCAUCCUGUUAAACAAGAUAGAAGUCAUUCAGUUAUAAAUUCAAAUGAAUUUUCUGGUAUAUAUAUUCAUCAAAAUAUUAAAGUUAAUAGUAUUAUAAAUGCUGCUGAUAUUUUAGAAAAAAAAAUUAAUGAUAAAAGUAAUGAUAUAAUGACUAUACAUGAUAAUAAAUCUCCUCGAACAAUAUAUGCAGGUAAACAUAUACCUCAUACCAUGAUAUCUCCAAACAAGAUAUCACUUAUUGAUGAAAUAAAACCAAUAAAUAAAAUACCACAUUCUGGUAAUAUUAUAAUAUAUAAUGAAGAUAAUGGAAAAGAAACUGAUAUACUUGAUAGUGAAAGUGAAGAAGAUGAUGAUAUAAUUCAUGUAUAUUCAGGAGAUAAAAAAUUUGAUGAAAGUAGUGAUGAUAGUGAUGAAUAUGAGGAAGAAUUAUCACCAGAAUAUAAAGAUUUAAUGGAAAGAGAAGAAAUUAAAAUAAAAUAUUUUGGUAAUCCUGAAGGUAAAGCUGAUGAUUGGGAAAAUCCAGAUUUUAAUUUAUAUAAAAUGACUGAUAGAUAUGGUUUUGUACAUAAAGAUCUUGAUAAAAUUGAUACAGAAGAUACAAUACAUGAAAAACAAUUAGAAUUAAAAAGAGAAUAUAAAUGGUUAAAAAUGUUAAAAAUAAAAGGUAAAAAUCAUAAAAAAUGGGAAGAAAGAAUAUGGAAAGGUGUUCCUGAUAAAAUGAGACCAAUUGUAUGGCCAAUAUUAUUAGAAUGUCAGGAAUUAAAAGAAAAAUAUCCAAAAAAUUAUUAUAAAGAAUUACUUGAAAAAUCUUUACUUUUAUGUAAAGAUAUAAAACAAAUUGAUCUUGAUAUCAAUAGAACAUAUAGAGAUCAUUUAGCAUUUCGCAAAAGAUAUGAUUUAAAGCAAAAAAGUUUAUUUAAUCUUCUUACAGCAUGUGCCAUGUUUAAUACAGAAGUUGGGUAUUGUCAAGGAAUGAGUCAAAUAGGUGCAUUAUUUUUAAUGUAUAUGGAUGAGGAAGAUUCAUUUUGGUGUAUGCAUUCAUUACUUACAAAUAAAAAAUGGGGAAUGCAUGGUUUUUUUAAAAUUGGUUUUCCAAGUUUAAUGAGAUAUGAAAAACAUUUUAAUUAUAUUGUUGAAAAAUAUUUACCAAAAUUAAAUAAACAUUUACAAAAUCAAGAUAUUCCAUCAAUUUAUCUUACUAAAUGGUGGUUUGGAUGUUUUUUAGAUCGUGUACCAUUUCCAUUAGCAUUAAGAUUUUGGGAUGUUUUUUUAUUAAAUGGUAGUUGUAUGUUAAUUGUUAUUGGUUAUACUAUUUUACAUUUACAUCAAAAACAAUUAAGAAAGUGCAGUAUUGAAGGAUAUUUACAUUAUAUACAAGAUAAAUUAGCUAAUGAUUUUGGAUAUACAAUGUAUGAUACAAUGUUAAAUUUAGAAAGAAAUUAUAAAAAAUUAAAAAAUAAUAAUGAUCAUUUACCACCACCACCAGGAGAGAAUGAUCCUAUUGAAGUACCACAACAAUCUUUUGGUGUUAUAAUGAAUAGAAGUUUAGACGAGAUUAAAAGUGAAAUUGAUGAAAUACGUAGUAUAAGAAAAUCUCGUUGUAAUUCUACAACAGGGAAAUCACCUGGUAUCAAUAAAAAAAAAUUACCAAACAAUUUAAAGGAUGAAAUUAACGAAAAAAAUAAAUAUAAUUUUAAAACAACAAAUUACAUUAAUAAAGAAUCUUAUACAAAUUCUUCCGAUAAAUAUAAUACUACUUAUUCACCAUCAUCUAUGACAAAAUUUCCAAGAGAUACAAUUGAUAAUAAAAAUAUUAUUACUAGUACAUCACCAUCUUUUCAAUUUUCUAAAACAUCAUUAACAAGUUAUACCAAUCCAUCGGAUCCUUAUUACCAUUCUCAACCUGAUCCCAAAAUACAAUUAACAAAAUAUGGUAAAACUCAUCCUGAAAGUCCACUAGUUGGUAGAUGGACACCAACAAUAAAUAAAAAUUCUUCUUCAUAUCCAUUAAAUGGAUCAAAUAGACAUAGUUUUUAUGAUAAUGUAGAAGAAUUAGCUAAUGAAACUCGUGUAAUUAAAUUACCAAACAAUGUCACAUGUAUUGAAAUGGAUGAUGAUAUUUCAUCAUCAAGACAAUCAUCAAUAGGAUAUUCUAACAACCAACAAAAUAAACUUUAUAAAAAUAAUAUUGAAAGUAGUGGAAUAAAACAUUUUACUAAUACUUCUAAACCUUAUCAACAACAAUAUCAACAUUCUAAUAUACAAUAUCCAAAAAAUCCAACAAAUGACUAUAGAAUGAUGGAUGAUGUUAAAUAUAUUCAAAAAAGAGGAAAUGGUAUGGUUUAUUCAAAAAAUAGUUUGAAAACUGCAAAUAUAACUGAGAGGCAAAGUUUUAUCUAA